AUGUGCGCGCACUUGGCGCUGCCGCCGUGCCCCGCGUACCCCGGCGGGGCCGCCCGGGGCCGCCUGGAGCUCGGCUGGAGCGCGGCCGGGGCCGCAGCACAGGCCCCCACAGCGGCCGGGCACUCUCCGCAGGCUGCGAGCAGCAGGCACACGGCAGAAGUGUCCCCAGCUUCAUCCAGUUCUGGGAAUUUCAGCCAAUUCACACCAGAUUCAGCCACCAGUCCACAUUCCUCAUCCUCAUCCCCACAGCCUUCAGCUAAGUCUCAGAAGGGCAGAGAAUAUGGCGUGGAGGGCAUCAGGAAGACCAAGAGCCGCACAGCUUUCUCCAAGGAGCAGCUGCUGACCCUGCACCAGCGCUUCCAGAGCCAGAAGUACCUCAGCCCCCAGCAGAUCCGGGAGCUGGCUGUUGCCCUGGGGCUCACCUACAAGCAGGUGAAGACUUGGUUCCAGAACCGGAGGAUGAAGCUGAAAAGGUGCCAGAAGCAGAGCCUGUGGAGCGAACGGGCUCAGUGUCUCACGCAAAGUGGCUUCCAGAGCGGAACUUACCUGGAUGUGCACCCCAAAUUCCACCAGGGCUACCCCAUCACCACAGCUGGCAACAUGCAAGCCAUGCCUGCCCCCUGUCAGCACUAUGGAGCAGGGCAGAACGCUUACACAAUCCUGACCAGCGAGGAUGGAGGAGUCUUUGGCAAAGGCGGGGGCACCUGCAGUGUCCAGCAGACAGUGGGCUUCAUUGCUCAGCACAAAGUAGACUUUUACCACAGCUAUCCUGGCAGUGUGGAAUAUCCAGGCUCCAAGACAGGUGAUGGCUGUAAUUUUCACCACUCAGCCACCAUGGGGGCUCCUUUCCCAACUGCUGCCAGCCAUCAUCUUUAUCAUUCCUAA